UUUUUUGAAAGGUUUUUCCAGUUUGUUAUUCCCCCACACACACACUCCUUCGUAGUACUUACUUACAACAACUACUUUCUUUUGUUUUGUCACAAUAAAAGUGUGAUAGAGAUAGAAAUUUCAUAUCAAUCUUAGUACUCAAAAUUAGUCACAAUGGAGGAAGGGAUUGAUGUAGGUAGAGGACACAAAACCCAUUAUAAAACAUUGCACCUACAAAACAAUGACAAGAUAAAAGGAAAAGCAAAGGAGCACAUGAAUAUCAGCAACAAUAAUGUUGAUGAUCAGCCUUCAUCCAAAUCUGGAAUCAAGGCAGAUAAAUCUCAGGGUAAUGAUGUUGAAUCUGAGAAAAACGGCAGAGUGCAUAAUGAGUCGAGGGGCUUACAUGUUUCGCUGAAGCCACAGAUGACAAAGCUCUGCGAAGUUCUUCUUCUUCCAGAUAAUGUCAAGACUAUGGUUGACAACUUUCUUGAGUAUGUUAUGAACAAUCACCACUUCAAUAUGGAAUCCGUGUCAAUAUUACAGGCUUUUCAAAUAUCUCUGAUUUGGACUGCUGCUUCUUUGCUAAGGCACAAAGUUGAGCACAAGGCUUCUCUUACUCUUGCAAAACAGUAUUUGAAUUUUGACUGUAACCAAACAGAUGUGGACCACAGGUAUUCCUUGCUGCGGUGUUUAAAGAAAAUAUUUGUAUAUCGUACAGGCACUUAUAAUGAUACUUCUUCUCCAAAAGCUUCUAAAUCAUUGAACGGAAUUUCAUGUUUAGAAGUGGCACGGGAGGUUGAAUUAUUCAACAUAGAUUUGUCCAAAAGCAUUAGAAAAAUUCAGAAAAAGUGAGAAAAAAUUCUGAGUAAGAUACGCCUUAUGCACCAAGAAGAGAAACAUAGGCUGAGAGUGAUGAAUGAAGAUGAAAAGGCUGAACUGGAGAGAAAAUACAGUUAGUAGUGACUCGAUCCUGCUCUCCUAAUGAGAUGGCGAGAACUGAAACAGUCAAUAUUUUGAAUAUUGACCAUCAAAAAAGGAUUGAAGAACUGAAAUGUCAGCAUGAAGCAAGUCUCAAGGAACUCGAGGACAAACAAUCAGCUCUUAUACUAAAGAUUCAAGACUGGGAGGCCACUUGGGUGGAAGAAGUGAAGUCUUGGGCAAAGAAUGAAUUACGAAACAUGGUUGCUUCAAAGGAACCUGGGACUGGGAUUGAUUACUUGCAGAUGUGUGAUAAUGUGGUUGAAUCCAUGAUAGAGGCUGGGGAUAUGGUUACUGAAACCAAUUCUCCUUCAGUUAGUAAAACAGUUCUACUACAAAAUUCUCUGGUCAAAUAUGACAGGGCUAAUGAAAUGGACAUCUUGGUUUCAAAUGAUCAACCAGUCUCUGGAAGUGAGGACCAUAAUGCAACUGAAAAUCAAUAUGUCAGUCAGGAAAUCAUUAUCUCUAAACAUUCCCAUUCCAGAGAGCAGAAUUCUGAUGUUGCUACAAGCAUGACAGAUGAAGAUAAUAGGUGUGCAAAGUUUGGCCAUGGUUCUCAAGAUGGUUGUGAGAUGCCUAGUUUAGGUAACACGUGCUUGCCAGAUUGUGAGAAUGCCACACAUCUAGAGCACCAAUGUUCUGAUGGAGUUUCAUCAAGCAUACCUGAAGGGAAAAUUCUUGUUGAAGUGCAAGAAACUAACAAUGAAGGGGACUCUAUGUGUGUAUCAGAAAUACAUGUUCAAGUUGAAAUGCCUGUGACUGACAGUGUUACUGAUUGUCUGCUGCAGAAUGCAACUCAUCUGAACCCUCCUUCAUCUAUUGAUCAAAUAUCUGACAGAGGUUCAAUAGAUGCGCCAGUUUUAGAUGGUGUUUUAUCAUUAAAGCCUUGUCAAGCUGAUUGUUCAACCAGCUGUCAUGAUAAAAAUUUCCCUUUCAAAUCCACCUUUGGAACAACAAAUACCUGAUGGAGAUGUUCCUUUUAUAGUGCCAGAAAAUAGUCAUGCAGUGGGUGAUUGUGACAAGGGUAUUGGGCCUUCAACAAAUGCUACGGCAGCUACGCUGGUAGAUAAUAGUACCACAAAUGCUAUAGUGACUUCAGUUAAUGUCAUGGAGCCUCUAGGACAUGGGAAACAAUUGCCGUCUGUGGAGUCCGCUGCUGACAAGGAUUCAGAUGGGGAAAUGCAAAAUUCUUCUGAACAAAUUCAACUGGCCUCUAGUUCAUCUGAUAUUGUACCAGCCAAUCAAAUCACAGUGCCUUCAAAUCAGGUGAAUCAAUUAGCUCAUGCAGAGCUCUCUUCCAACUUGGUUAUGUCGGGUUUGUCUAAUGUUCAUUUAGCAACUGAAGAUGAACAUCAGCUGAAUAGUAUAUGCGGUCUCCCCGCUAAUCAUUCUGAGCAAUCUUCUGUGGUUCCAAAUAAAGAUGUUGGGCAAUCACACUUAAAUUCAAAUCUUGAUUUGCUUACAGCCAGCAGAGUAAGAGCACAGUCUGCCAACCCAAGAAAUUUUUCAAUUCCUUUGGCGAUGAAAAGUCAUCCUAUCCAAUCUAAAACCCCUUCACCUUCCAGAAGACUUCCACAUUUGUCCCAUGAUAUUGAAUUCAAAAGAAUACAAAAAAUAAUAGAGAAAACAUCGAAAAACAAUGAAGACAUGAAAUUGCAGUUGAAAUCUGAUUUUGAAAAGGAAUUAGCGGAGCUUCGGAGAAAAUAUGAUGUCAAACUUCAGGAGAUUGAAGUUGAUUACAGAAGCUAAAUUUCAUUUCAGCUCCUUUCCAACUAGAUUUCGUGUUGGUUUAUUUAUUUUUCCUUGCCGUUGUGUUUUUUUUUGUCAACUGGUCAAGUUUGAACCUAAGCCUGAGUUGGCAGAUACUUCUAAGGUUUUGAGGAGAGUUCUUGCCUUGCGCUUAUUUAUCUUUUCCUAGGGCAAUUUUUAAACUAAAUUAUACGUGUGCAGUUUUUGAAAAAUUAAUCAUAUACGGAUUGUUUCAGUAGUUCUGUGGUAUUAUUGUUUUCAGUUGUUUAGAUCACUCUAACAUUGGGAUAGGGCGACAAAUUUACAUACUUAAAUCUGUACUCUUAUGCAUGGUUAUUUCGCAUUCAUAUCUUUGUUUAUGUAUUCUAUUUAUUAGCAGGCAUACAAAUCACUAAAUAUGGAUAGCUUGUAGCACCGAGUUUUCUAUUUCGAGUAUUUUUCUAACCACUAUCUUGAUUUCAGAUUCAUUUCCGCAGCAGUUGCAUCAACUUUCGAGACAACAAGUUGCUAUUCGACCAUUCUUGGUUUCUGGUUCUUCUUCCGGUGAGCCUCCUUCGACCAGUUUGCCAAGUCCCUCCAUUGCUCCUAACUCGCAACAUAUGUUACCACCUGGUUACAAUAUGUCAAGAACUUUCUCCGGUGUCUCUGGAAGACCACCUCUAAUAAACACCACUAGGUCUUCAAUUGCCCAAGAUAUUCAAGGUGUUGAGUUACAUGCACCAGCACCACAUCUCCGUUCUUCUAGACCCUCAAUAUCUGUUCCACCUUCCAAUUUCAAUCCUCUUCAACGCGGGAUUCCAAGUCAGACAGCACCUAGUAAUCUUCGAGCACCUUCUCCCUCGUAUGCUCAUGUCUCACUCUGGCAAAGACCGCCAUGCUAUCAGUCUGAUCCACAAAAUGGGACGCCAGCCUGAUAGUGCAGGCAGGUUAGCCUCUCCUAACUUACCUGUCUCUGGUUACUUGGGAAUGUUAGCAAUCAAUCUACUAUAACAUCCCCGAACGUUAUUUCCCGUUUGUCAGAUGUGGCUCCUGCUAACUUAUUCGGAUUUGGGCCUAAUUGCAGUAACAUGGUGGCUACCUCGUCGCAUCAAGCUGCAUUUCCGAAUUUAGCAUGUUAUUCAGAUGAUGAGUGACCAGACAAUUGUCCUAACACCUGACCAUGAUAUAGCUUUGUUUAGUUUGGAGGUUAUAUUGAGGCUGAUGGAAGUGUCUUGAAUUUAUUUUGUUUGCUGGGCUAACUGUUUGCUCUAAUUAUUGAGAGUAAAAUGCAUAUAGGUAAUCAAGGGUAGCUUCUUCUUUAGCUCAUUGAUAUUCUGAUAUUCAUCUAACAAAUUAUUAUUAAUUAACAAUAUGAGGUGACUUUUGUAAAAAAAAAGUAAUCAAAAUUCUGUCUGAUUUUCAUCGGAA